GACCCACAUCCAGUGGACGUGCAUGCCAACGAAUACUUGAUAGAUGGAAACCAGAUGGGCAUAGUAGUGUCAGACUCUGAUCAGAACCUCAUCAUAUACCAGUACCAACCUGAAGCUCCAGAGAGCGGCGGAGGGAAGUACCUCAUUAGACAGGGAGACAUCAAUGUGGGGUCUCACGUCAACGUCAUGUUCAGACUACGCUGCCACACCUCAGCUCCACUCGGCUCUCCUCACGAGAUGCAGCAACCCUGGAUGGUUCGGUGGGCUACUUGCUACCUCUCCCCGUUCCGUCGUCUCAAGAUGCUCCAGAUCAAACUGGUCCAGGGGUUGCCUCACAAUGCCGGCCUCAACCCCAAGGCUUUUAGUCCCCAGCACAGGAUACUGGACGGCGAACUCCUCUGGAGGUACAUACAGCUGAGCAGGAAGGAGAAGGCAGACUUUGCCAAGCAGAUUGGCACCUCUGUCGGUCAGAUCCUGGAAGACUUGAAAGAAGUCGACAAAGUGUCAGCUCAUUUCUGA